GAUGGAUGCCCUAAACCUAAGCCCAUUGAAGUUCCGGGUAAUUAGGGUUUAGUAUAAAAGGUACGAAACUCCUUGCUCAUUACGCCCCAUUUUUGCCCAUCGGAGCAUCUGUGAGACAAAACCCUAAAACCGAUCAGGCAGAGAAGGAGAUGGCGGCGGUUUCAGGACAACUGGUUUGGGAGAUUGUGAAGAGGAACAACUCGUUUUUGGUGAAGGAGUUUGGAAGGGGAACAGCUGGCGUUCAGUUCAGCAAAGAGUCCAACAAUUUAUACAAUCUGAACUCCUACAAGCAUUCUGGCUUGGCCAACAAGAAAACAGUUACAAUUCAACCUGGAGGCAAAGAUCAGUCCGUUUUGCUUGCAACAACCAAGAGCAAGAAACAGAACAAACCUUCUUCAUUGCUUCAUAAGUCUCUGUUGAAGAAAGAGUUCAGUAAGAUGGCCAAAGCUGUAACAAACCAGGUUGCAGAUAACUACUACAGGCCAGAUCUGAAAAAGGCUGCCCUAGCAAGAUUGAGUGCUGUGAACAGGAGCCUAAAGGUUGCCAAGUCCGGGGUCAAGAAGAGGAACAGACAAGCGUUGAAAUCAGGUGGAAGGAAGUAGGUAGUGAGAAUUAAGAGAAUGAAAAAGAGAUGUUGCGUUUGCCAUUGUGUUUUUUGUUGGAAUGCCAACUUAGUGCACAGUUUUGAAUCUGAAGAGUAGUCUGGAGACAGAUGUUUUGCUAUGUUUUGGAUUAUUAUUAUAUGCUUAUUUUCAUGCUGUGGUGAACUUGUCAGGUAACCUUGCGACUUUGUUUUGGUUAUAUGUUAUUUUAAUUGCAGUUGAAAAUUUCUAGGAUA